AUGCGCGGCUACGGAGAGUCGGAUAAGCCUGAGGGAGUUCAGCACUACUCUUCUGAUCUGCUCGUCGCUGACAUUGUCGAGCUGCUGGAGAUUUUGAUUGCCAAAUCAGCCGGCCAACAAAAGAGCAGACGAGGUGCAGUGCUGGUCGCUCACGACUGGGGCGGCAUCAUCGCCUGGACGGUGGCACAGGCACGCCCCGACCUCGUCGACCGCUUCAUCGUCCUCAACUCGCCGCAUCCUGCCGUGUGGGCGGCUCGCAUUGCCACCACCUGGCGACAGUUCCUCUCCUCCUGGUACAUGUUCUUCUUCAACUGUCCGCUUCUGCCGGAGCUGUUCUUUAGCCGCGUCGACUACGCUGGUCUCGACUACCUCUACGGCCGCUUCAACAACCCCGAGGACAUGGACGCCUACAAGUACUACUUCUCAAUGCCGUACGGACUGACGGGGCCGCUCAACUUCUACCGAGCCUCUCUCCGAGGCUACGGCUCUGGGAAGACGCGCAAGGCCGCUGUUGAACUGGCCAAACGGAAGAUUGAGCCAAAGACGUUGGUCAUUUGGGGCACCGAAGAUGAGUUUCUGAUUACCGAGCUAGCCGCUGACUUGGCGGCACUGUGCGCCGACGGCAGUGUCCAGCUAGUGGAGCGAUGCUCCCACUGGAUUAUGAUUGAGCAACCGGAGAAGGUCAACCAGAUUAUGGCGCACUUUCUCAAUCUGAGCUAA